UCUUUCUUUCUUUCCAUGGCACCAAACACACUCGCCUCAACCAUUACUACUAUAAAAUCUCUUCUUCCACUUCUCUCUCUCUCUCUCAAAUCGCUUUCUCUUUCUAAAAUCUCCUCAGUCCUCGACAGAAGCUCAAGCAAACAGCGAGAAUCGAGAAAAAUGCUUAAUAAGGACGCUUGCUCUCCCUCCUCCAAUGGCGGAUUCGGCCCCGCUGCCGUCUCUGGUCAAUUGCCGUCAAACGGAGGCUACGGUUCGCUGUACUCAGCUCUGUCGAACGAUAACCUUCCUUCGCUCUCCGCGAACUGCAGCAACGGAGGCGGCGUUUCGCUGUACCCGUACUCCGACUCAACAACUCAGUAUGACUCGUGCGUGAUUCAGAAGCACCAGGACAUGGUGAACCGUCAAAGCAUGUGCCUGAAUCGCCUGGUGGAGACUUCCAAAGAGGUGGAUGCUCUGAGGCAGGAGAACGGUCAGCUCCGGGCAGCAAACAAGGAGCUGCAGAAGCAGCUGCACCUCGUCAUCCAGGCUUCGCUGGAGAGUCAGUACGCCGCCGCCGGCAGUGGCUCCUCCGGCCAGACUCAACCGACGCUGUUCGACGUCUUGCAUGGCUUCCGCAGCCUCCACAUUGGGGAAGGCAAAGAGAAUUAUGCCGAUUGGAAUAACAACAAUAAUCAUAAUCACAACAAUAUUUUGAAUAAUAAUAAUAACAAGGACCUGCAGGAAGCGUCGGACGAGAGUCCAACGAGCGUGAUGGAGAAUAACGUGGUGGAGGUUGAGAGAUUCUCGCUCCCUAAGAGCAUAUCUGUGAGGUCCAAUGGCUACUUGAAGAUGGCUCAGUCUGCUGCUCUUGCCACCAAUAAUAAUGUAACUCGCAAUAAAGGUGCCACUCGCCCACGCGCCACCGCAACUCCACCUGAAGCCGUUCAGAAGGUGUAUGUGCGGGGAGGGCAGAAAGAGGAAGAGCCUCUGGAAAUGGUAGUGUAUAACCAAGGGAUGUUCAAAACUGAGCUGUGUAAUAAGUGGCAGGAAACUGGUACAUGCCCAUACGGAGACCACUGCCAAUUUGCUCACGGUAUUGGGGAGCUUCGCCCAGUCAUCCGCCACCCACGCUACAAAACUGAGGUCUGCAGGAUGGUCCUUGCGGGGGUUGUGUGCCCAUAUGGCCAUAGAUGCCAUUUCCGCCAUGCACUCACUGAACAAGAGAAAGCUGUCGUAUCACAGCCUAAGCCCAGAACAAUGAAGCUGGAAAGAUAAGAGUCCGUAUGCUGGAGUAAACGUAAAUGGUACAUAAUAUUCUUCAUUGUGUAAUUACAAACAUGGACAACUACCACCUAAAAAAUAAUAUUGCUUUUCUAAUGAAUUGGAAAAGUAAGGGUAAAAUACAAAUACAAAAUAGGAGGUUUGCCAAUAUCUAGAGCAGGAUUGUUGGGGAGAAUGUGGUUAGUAGUCGUCGUGCCUUUCAUAUUUUUUUUUCUCCCGUCACAUUUUGAUUUUUGAGAGUUACAUUCAUAAUACGUCAGAUGAUCCGAUCCAACCAACCAUUAGAAAGUAUUCUUUGUAAUGAUACUACUUUUCUUUUCUUUUUUUGCUUUUUUGGGUACUUUUGCAAUGAUACCAUUUGAUACUUUGCAAAGAAAGCAAUUUCUCAUCGCGGUUGUAAUAUAUUUCUAGUGUAGUCUAUUUCUUA